GGACUAGUAUUUUAUUAAAAUAAAUCACAAUUACAGAUGUCAUUACAAUUAUACAAAAUAAAAACAUUAAAAUUGGCGAAGUCAAAGCCUACAACAAAAGUCCAAUAAGUCGACAAAGUCAAUCUGGUCAGCUCUAACACAACCAGACCGGUUCAACCCAAAACCAUACCGGUACUGUUGCAAACUUGGGGAACAAGCCCCUUUUCCUAUAAAAAGAGCUCCUUUGCUCUUACAUGAGGGAGGUGUUUUUGGAGGGUUUCUUCUCCUUCUCAUCGCUCCCACAGGCUCUCUUCUUCUUCUUCUUCUUCAUCUAUUGACCAUUCCCAAACUGCUACCCUCAAAUACACAACACAAAAUAAAACAACAACAAAAGGGCUUCUCUUCUUCUCUUCCAAACUUCUUGCCAAAAAACUAUUUUCUUCUUCAUCAUCCCUCUUCUUCUUACACAAACAACACUUCUUCUUCUCUUCUCUGUUGGUUUUUCCUCUUUCAGCUCUUCCUACAAACACAGACAAACAACACUUCUUCUUCUUGUUCUUCUCUUCGUCUACCUAAACACAACAACACAAGCUCUGAAAAAAUCUCCUUACUUUGCUCUUCUUCCUCUUAGAUACACCAACAUAACAUAGAAAACGAACAAACACAAACAACAAAAAGAAAACUGCAAACGGAAAGUCUAGCAGGCUAAAAGGGAAAGGAAAGCAACAGAACAGCACCUUCAUCGGACAUCAAGUAAAAAAGGUGGGUACAUCUACUUCUUCCACCGUCAUCUCACAACCAUUCAUACAUCCAAGGAAACCUUUUUAAGCAAAAAUUGAUCCAUUCCAAGCAACUUCAAGCUGACUGAUUUGCGUUUAAAAGAGGAAUCCAAACCAAUACUCCAAGCAAAUCAUAAGAUGGUGAUAAUAACCUUAAUCAAUGAAAAGAUAAAUCUAUGAUUAAUUUCAUCACUUAUUUACGAUUUGUCAUGUUUAGUUUAUUGUGAUGAAAAAAAAAUCAGAUUUGCUUUCCUUUCUAGCUUUGAUUGUUUAAGUUUGUUUAGCAUUUUCCAUCUCUAGUUACAUUAAACUAACAUCCAAAACAUGGUAAGUAAAAAAAAACUAACAUACACGACCCAAUUAAGACUCGAAAUACUUGAAGGACUUCCCCUCUAACCUAAACCCCCUACCCUUUUUGAAACCGAAACCAUCCAUAGAACUCAAAAUUACAAGUCACAGUCAAACGCCCAAAUGUUUAGGCUCAACCCCAGGAAAGAAUUUACAGCAUUCAAAUCCACCAACCAAAUCCUAAACCAAACAAAUUUACCUGUUGUUUCCAUCCUCCUUCGCCGUCGGUACGGUUCAGAGUCGCCGGCGGCCUCCAUUUUCCCCUUUCUUCGUCCCAAAACCAGCAAAAACGAAAACAAGAAAAUUAAUCAAAACCCAGACAACAUCGAAAAUCCAGAAUCAAAGUCGAAACUAAAUUUAACCCACACCUACCCAUCGUGUCAGUCGUCGGCGGUGUCACCGAAACUCGCCGACGACCCUUCUUCUUAUCCCUCGGCUCCUUUCCCCGAUACCAGCACUACCGAGCUCAUCGCUGUCGAGAACCAAGUAGGCAUCCCUUUUCUUCUUCCCUCGCGAGAACGAAAACCGCAAAAAUAACCAAACACAGUCAGAAUCCUGAACCUGAAAAGAUCGAGUCUCCAAACAAUCCUAAACAACCAAAUCGAACCCCUAAAUCCGACAUGCAAAAUAAACAAGCAGAGAACCUUACCUCCUCCGCUGUCGCCGUCGCCAGUAUCAACAUCGGCGUCGAUCUUCUUGUCGCCGUCGUUCGAACCAUCAUCGGCUCUACAGCCGCCGCCGCCGUUCACUUCUUCCUUUCCCCUCGUCGUUUCCAAAAAAAACGAGGUGGCGAUAGAGAGAUCGAGAAUGAGAGGGGAGGAAGAUGGAAGAAGCAGAGAGGGUUUUCUCUUCCGUUUUUUUAGAGAGGAAGAACGAGAGAUCAGAAAAGGAGAGGGGUGAACGGCCGUUCGUUUGGAAUGGAUUAGGUUUAGGAAUUUCUUGUUAAAAAUAAAUAUAUAAUUCGAGAGGCUAGAUGACGGUUUUACCCCUAGGGUUUCGCUUUAAUUACACUCCCUUGCCACCGCGUUUUUGGCCAUUUACCAAGCUGCCCUUCCCCCUUUAGCCGCACCAAAAAGAAAAUCGGUAAAAAUGGAUGAUGCGGGUUUCGAACCCACAUUCUCGGGUAGAACUUGACAUAAUACCAACUCAGCCAGUUGGGCUGCUGGCCUUUUAUGUGUCAUUUUAGUCCUCCCAUUUAAUUUUAUUUUUUAAUAUCCUUAAUACGAAAUGUUAAGAUGCAGAUUAAGUUUAUCUCGUUUCUUGUCUAAUACAUCGAAUUACCUCCCCAAAUACUAAAAUCCUUCCAAGAUAUAAAUUUAAAUCUCAUUAACAAAAUUAUAAUGCGAAGAUUACUUUCAGUGGAAAGCGAUAAAAAUUACACCUAAAACGAAUCAAAGUCAAGAGCCAUGAUCGGUGGAACGUGGUUAAAAUUACUUGCUAAAUCAUCAAAGUUUUAUACCGAACUACGUGGACUUUGAUCCCGACUACUCGGGUACGUAGGCAACCAAUAGGUUCGAGUCCAACUAACCAAAAACUCUUUCUUUAAUUUUGAGAAUUACGUCAAUAGACGUAUGAUCAUUAAUAACUAACUAAUUAAUCAAAUCAUAAAAUUAAAUACAUUAAUAAAGCCGCAAAUAAUAAUACACCCAACCCUUAUCGAUUUAAGUAGUACCCAUUUGGGGCGUUGUGGGCUGUGAAUACACUUCCCCACACGUAACCGUACUCCCGAACCCAUAAACUAAAUUUUCGCAGACCAGAUUUCGGUUCUGACCCUAAGGUUGGAACCGGACCAAAUGGUGCUCGACCCACCACAAAUUAAGGUCGAUGGCGACUCCGAUCGUUCGCGACGGGUACCUCGAUUUCGAGGUGCGGUUGCGACAGUGGCGACUCCGCUGGGGAACAUACUAGAGUCAAACUACAUUAAUCGUCGAUAAGUUUUUUCCUACUUUCUUAUAAUGGGUGUUAUGUGUUUAUUACAUCAAUUUGCGCUUUAAAUUUGUUAUGUAUUUCAAUUUUUUGCAUCCAUGCAUAAAGCUCUAUUCCCGAGCGGUCCUUAUAGCAAAAAAGGAAGAAAGUAGUGUGACUCCUACAAUAAUAGGGGAAAUGCGAAAACUUCCCAACCAGGUUGAACUCAAAUCCGAGGAUGAUUUGGGGUAUCAUGCUAAAGCUCGAAAGGGUGAUAGUGUGGUACAACUUGGGAGACUUAUUCCUUAAGAUCCCUAUCGAGCAUAUAGUUUACCUAGAAACUACCUAAACCGCAACUUAUCCUGAAACCUACCUUAGACCUUGUUGCUAAACCGCUUAAAACCCUAAGUUGGUUUGAAUAUGAUGACGUGUUUAUGAUUCAUGUUUGUUUAUGAUGUAACGAAUUAUGAUUCGUCGGUUAUACAUGAAUGUCGUGGUUAGAUGCUAUGCAAAAGUUUAUCAAAAUCCGUGACACUAGCAUUCUUUCGUUAGUUCGUUGUUCACUCGUUUAAAACCAAUCAUGAUGGUAAAUGUUCAAACAUUCUUGCAUCCACAAAAAAAUCAUCUUUCAUACGCACAAUCGUACCAUUUAACACGAGUAUCCUACAUUCAUCUCAUUUAGCAUGACAAUCAUUCACUCAUCUCAGUUAGCAACAUGUCACAAUUUAACCAUGAUAAGUCAAGGAUUCUCUAAAGUUGCUCAUUCACAAGGAUAAAGUCAACCUUUGAGUACAAGUUCCAAGGUUGUGCUCGUUACGGAGUUCAUUCUAGAAG